AAACAACAAUAAUGCGCCUGCGUUAAAAACUAUUUAAAUAUUUAAAUUAUUAACAACUGUUGAUUCAGAUUCCGCGGCAAAAUGAAUACGCCCGGUGUAAGUUUAUUCCAAGGUGCCGAAAGCAUUAAAGUUAAUACCAGCUUAGAAAGGCAAGAAGAGGAGGAGGCGCUUGAAGAUCAAAGAAGACGUAAUGAGGAGUUGGGUCUUAUGAUGCAAAAUGCCUUUGAUGAUUUGGAUGAUGAUGAAACUACUAUAGAUUCCACAACAAAUUUUCAAUCCGACUUAAUGGAUGGAGCAGCACAGCAUCAUCGUUUGGCAACAGCACAGAACCAACGCACUCACCCUUAUGGUAAUAAUAUAAAUAAUGGCUAUGCGGCUGCCCCAACUGCCUUGGACCACACUGACUGUGAAAAGGAAAUACAUAACCUUAAAAUGUUGGUAGAGUCACGCAGCCAUGAGUUGGAACACUCCCAACACUUACUGAACGAAGAGUACCAGAGACGCAACGGAUUGGAAAAGAAACUAACCAUAACGGAAGCGGAAUUAGACCGUGCCUUGUCGAACAAGAAAAAUAAUCAUGAGCUAUUGGUGGAGUCAAAGGAAAAGUGUUCCAAUUUAGAAAAUACCAUUACUAAAAUGAAAAUUGAAAAAAAAUCAUUAGAAGCUGAUAACAAUGCACUGUUGGGUAAAUUGGAGACGGCACAGACCCUAUUGUCAGAUGUCCAGCGGAAAUAUGACAUGGUGGAAAGAGAUUUGAAUAAAAAUCAAGAGCGCAAUUUUGAGGUGAAACGCAAACAAAUGGAAGAUCGUCAUAGGGCCGAAAUUGAGAUGUUGCAACAGCAAAUGGAACAAGUGGCGAAUAAAUUGGAUAAAAAGUCUUCUGAAUUGGACAGUAUGAAUACACGAUAUCAAGCAUUGCAGGAAUCGCAUCAAAUGAUGCUGUGCGACAAGGCCAGCAAAAUCAAUGAUCUCAGUCAUGCUUUAGACGAGGCUCAAAAACGUUGUGAGGAGCUGCUAUCGAGACCGGACUAUUUCCAGGAAAAUAUGAGACUACAAAAGCUGAUUGCCAGUCUACAGGAGCAAAUACAAGGCAUGGAAAAGACUAUUAACUCGUUAAAGGAACGUUUAGAAAUGACUACGGCUGAACUGGACUCCAUGGAUAGUGUGUUGCAUCAACACAAUCAAGAGGAUACACCACGUAGACUUAGCCAGACUCAGGGACGUGUGGUGGGCAGUACCCCACUUAAUCCCCUGGAUAGAAUGGGCAAUUUAAAAGAGGAACUCUAUCGUGCCUUGGCCAAUAUAAAAAGCAAAAGAGAGGAGAUACGUAAAAUGCAACAAACUCUAGAGGACAAACAACUUGAGAUAAAACAACUAAAGCUGGAGGAAAAUAAGUCCCUGGUGCAGAUUUCUACUUUGAAGGAGGAGAACAUAAAACUACAAAAUAAAUUAAGGGUGUUGGAAGAAGAAUUCGAUCAUCAUGCUCAAACCCAGCAAGAUGACAAUCGUUUGCAAACACAACUAGAAGACUUAAAAUCACAAUUAAGUGAUGAAAAACAUAAAACCGAACAACUCGAACAAUAUAAAUUAGAACAGGAGUGUGAACGUAAAAAACUUGAUGCCCAAUUGAAAAAUCUUGAAAUAGACUUGGAAGAACUGAAACAAGAACAUGAAAGUCUCAAAAUGAAUUACGAGCAAAUAUUCAAAGAAAAUAUGCUGCUCAAACAACGUCAAACAGCAGACAAUAUACGUUUGGAAUUGGAAAAACAUAAAUUUCUUUUAAAAGACUCCCAGGCUGAAUGUGAUCGCUUGAAAAAUCUUUAUGUUGAAAUUUCAAAUGCCAAAGAGGCUUUGUCGUAUGAAAUGGAUAAAAUUUUAAAGACGGACAGAGCCAAGGAGUUGCAAGAGGAAAAGGAAAAAGUGGCCAAUUUGCAAAGGGGUUUAAAAUUGGCCGAAGUUAAAUGUUCUGAAUUAUCAAAGAUAUUGGAAACGGAAAAGUUGUGUCACGAAAGGGAAAUUGCGGAUUUACGCGAUAAAUUGGAAAAGGAAAAGUUGGAAACUUCAAAAGCGGCCAAGGAGGCGGCAAAUGAGUGUGCCAAGUGUAUGGAUUAUGUGGCCGAGUUGACAAAGUUCGAAAUACAAAAUCUUAAACUCACCAAUAUUAAUGCUAUUAGCAAAAAAGAAAUCGAUGAACUAACAAAAGAAUUAAAGAACUCCAAACAGCACAUUACCGAACUAAACGAACAAUUACAAUUAAGCGAACAACAGGAACAUCUUAUCAAAGAGCUAAAAACAAAAGCCACACAAUUUGAAGAAUACAUUAAGUCACACAGUUCAGCUUCAGAAGCUUCCAAUACAUCCAUGAAAACCCCACGGCAAUUAAGCGAUAAAAGCGUGACCACCUCACCCGAAUUAGAACGCAACGAAAUCAAAAAAGUCGAAGCCAGAAUCCGUGAUGAAAUGGCCAAAAUAUUCGCUGUAGAAUUAAAACGUUUUCAAGCUAAACUCCAAGAAACCCAAGAACAAAGUCUCUGCCUGCAACGUGAAUAUCAACACAUCAAUGCUGAAUUACAGCAGAGGCAAACGGAGGUGGAUCUUCUGAAGCAGGCCAUUUUGGCAGAACGUGAAAAAAUGGAUGAAAUCCUGAAGCAAAAUAAUGAAGAAUACAAAGAUGUUAUGCAAAGGCAAAAUAUUACCAUACAAAAGACACGCGAUGAACUGCAACAAAAAGUGCAAAGAAUCAAAGAAUUGACAAGUGAACUGCAUGAAAGGCAAACACAAAUUGAGGCGGAGAGGAAAUCAAUGAAGGCUGUCAUGAAACAAUGGGAAGAGCAGAGAAAAAGUUUAGAUGCCGUCGAAAUGGAUUGGAAACAAAAAUUCACGGAUUUACAGAAUGCACACGAAAGUGCUGUACAAUCGUGGCAAACGAAAUACAAUUCGGCAAAAAGAACGGCUGCUAAUUAUAAGCGUUAUUCCGAAGAUAAAGAAGCCCAUAUGCUCAAAGAAUACGAUAGACUGAAAAUUGAAUAUGAUGCUCAAUUGGCCAAAAUUCAACUACGCAUGAAAGAAAGUUUAGAAAAGAAAAGUCUUGAGCUUAAACAGGCCUUGGAAAAACAGCGUGUUUUAAAUAAUAACAACAAAGAAAAUACCGCCAGUAAUUAAUUAAUUUGUGUUUAUAGGCCUGUUAAAAAUAAUAUACAUACAUAUAUUUAAGUUAUUUUAAUGUAUUUAGUUGAAUUUUUUUAUUUUAACAAUAUUAUUCCCACAUUUGUUUUAUUAAGCACUGGACUGCUGUUUAUUAAUAUAAGUUCUUUUAUGCUUGUUAUGA